CAUUUCGUAUAUAAGCCCCCCGGCUACGUCGCUGUCUGGGAUGGUCCUGUCCCGAUCAUCAUCACCAUCCUUACACACUCCCUCUUUCUCUCUAUUCCUCAGUCACUCCCUCGGCCGGCACCGAAAGCUUCGCAGAUCAGGCAUCGCUCCUUUUGUUUGAACUCCCCAAGUCCGAUAGCUUCACUCCUUCACAAGCACACCCUUCCCGUCCCUUGACGACUAUCUGCCUCGGAUCAACGACAAGCUGCUCAUCAGCCCGCCCACUCCACAACACAACACACACACAGUCCCUCUCGGAAAGAAACCCGACAACUCUUCAGUCAAGAUGUUUUCCACUACUCUGACCACCUUCCUUGCUGCUUCGGCCAGCUUGGUCUCGGCCGCUUCCAUCCCCAUCCGCAAUGCUGGCAAGUCCGGCUCCGCCAGCGUCACGCCUCACGACGCCUUCUCUUCUUCCAUCGGUGUGCUCGGCUGCAAGAUCGACAUCAACCGCGUUGCCUACUGGCCCGGUUCUGUCGGCUGCGACGACAUCUGCGUCAAGGUCUCCAACGCCGGCCGCAGCGUCCACCUGCUCCGCAUCGACCAGUCCGGCGGUGCCUUCGACAUCUCCUACGACGCCUGGAACUACCUCAGCACCGGCCAGUCUGCCACCGAUGCCCCUACUCAGGGCGGCGGCGUUCCCAUGGACUGGGAGGCGGUUCCCGCCAGCGAGUGCGAGCACCUCCUGACGGACGGCAAGCUGCCCCUGUCUGCCGCCAACAGCAUGAACUACCUUUCCUCCUGUCUCGCCCAGCCCGAGAGCUUCGUGGCCAAGAACCACGCGCUCUACAACAUCCAGAACUCCGCCUGCACCUGGGGUGUAGACGAGCUCUGUGACCUCGACCUGGCCGUCAGCAACCAGGCCUCCUGCCCUAGCGGCCUCGGCAUCACCAAGGCGUUGACCAACCUGCCUGUCGAGAACAUUGCCUACGGGACUGGCAAGCUCUCUGUCGCUCUCCAGUAGACGACUUCCG